AUGAAUGUCACGCAGGUGUUGGAAGGCACCCUGUCGCCAGAUGCCGCGACUCGUCAGAAUUCUGAACAGCAGCUACUCCACGCCGCCGAGGUGGAUUUUGCUGGAUACCUUACUACCCUGGGUCAAGAGUUGGCAAACGAGAGCACACCCACCCAUAUUCGGACAGCGGCCGGUAUCGCGCUGAAAAACGCCUUCACCUUUCGCGAUGUCGCCAGGUUGCGUGAGGUCCAGGCACGAUGGGUGUCGCAGAUCAACCAGGAGGUCAAGAACCAGGUCAAGGAGCUUGCGCUCAAGACCCUCGGCUCCAAGGACUCCCGCGCCGGCCAGUCGGCCGCCCAGUUCAUCGUCUCCAUCGCCGCCAUCGAGCUGCCCCGGAACGAAUGGACAGAGCUGAUGAACACCCUCGUCCAGAACGUCGCCACAGGCUCUGACCAGCUCAAGCAGGCCUCCUUGGUUACCAUUGGUUUCAUCUGCGAGUCCACCGACCCGGAGCUGCGUGACAGCCUGAUCGCUCACUCGAAUGCCAUCCUUACCGCCGUCGUCCAGGGCGCCCGCCGCGAGGAGUCCAACAUGGACGUUCGUAAUGCUGCCAUCACCGCUCUCAGCGAUUCGAUCGAUUUCGUCCGCUCGAAUAUGGAGAACGAGGGCGAGCGCAACUACAUCAUGCAGGUCGUCUGUGAGGCCACUCAGGCCGAAGACAACCGCGUCCAGGCCGGUGCCUUUGGCUGCCUCAACCGUAUCAUGGGCUCCUACUAUGACAAGAUGCGUUUCUACAUGGAGAAGGCCCUGUUUGGCCUGAGCAUUAUGGGCAUGAAGAGUGAGGAGGAGGAUGUCGCCAAGCUGGCCAUCGAAUUCUGGUGUACUGUCUGCGAAGAGGAAAUCGCCAUCGAAGAUGACAAUGCUGCUGCUCAAGCUGAAGGUUCAACCGAGAUGCGGCCGUUCUUUGGCUUUGCCCGUGUCGCCUGCAGGGAGGUUCUUCCCGUGCUCCUGCUCGCCAUGUGCAAGCAGGACGAGGACGCCACAGAUGACGAGUACAACGUAUCGCGCGCCGCCUAUCAGGCUCUCCAGCUCUACGCGCAGUGCGUCCAGGGCGAUGUCAUCGCCCCCGUGUUGGCAUUUGUCGAGGAGAACAUCCGCAACGAGGACUGGCGCCGUCGUGAUGCCGCUGUCGCCGCCUUCGGUGCCAUCAUGGAUGGCCCUGAUCCCAAGGUUCUCGAACCUUUGAUCAAGCAAGCGCUCCCCGUCCUCGUGGGCAUGAUGGAAGACAGCUCGGUCCAGGUCAGAGACUCGGCGGCGUACGCCUUGGGUCGUGUAUGCGACUACUGCUCCGAGACCCUCGACCCGGAUGUUCACCUGCAGCCUCUUAUUUCUUGUCUCUUCAACGGACUUGCUAGCACCCCCAAGAUUGCCAGCUCCUGCUGCUGGGCUCUCAUGAAUGUUGCCGAUCGUUUUGCCGGUGAACCCGGCGCUCAGACAAACCCCUUGUCUAAGCACUUUGAGGACAGUGUGAAGUCCCUUCUUACGGUCACAGAGAGACAAGACGCGGAUAAUCAGCUCCGUACUGCCGGCUAUGAGGUUCUCAACUCCUUCGUCAUCAACGCUGCCAAUGAUAGUCUUCCCCUGGUCGCCAACCUGUCCGACGUGAUUCUUCAGCGCCUUGAACAGACCAUUCCCAUGCAACAGCAGGUUGUCAGUGUGGAGGACCGCAUCACCCUCGAGGAGAUGCAGACUAGCCUGACCAGCGUCUUGUUGGCAAUCGUUCAACGGUUGGAGGUCGAUAUUAAGCCCCAGGCGGAUCGGAUCAUGCACGUCUUGCUGCAGAACCUUUCCACCGUCCCCCCCAAGUCAAGCGUGCCUGAUGCAAUCUUCGCCACCGUUGGUGCCAUCUCCAGUGCGCUCGAGGAUGAGUUUGUCAAGUAUAUGGAAUCAUUUUCUCCCUUCCUGUACAAUGCUCUCGGAAACCAGGAGGAGCCCGGUCUCUGCGCCAUGGCCAUUGGUCUGGUCAGCGACAUUGCCCGUGCACUGAACGAGAAGGUCCAGCCGUACUGUGAUACCUUUAUGAACUAUCUCCUCAACACCCUCAAGGGGUCAACCAACCAACUCAAGCCUGCCAUUCUUGAGACUUUCGGAGAUAUCGCUCAAGCCAUUGGUACACAGUUUGAUACUUAUCUGUCAGUUGUGGGCCAGGUGCUCCAGCAAGCUUCGACUGUCACUGCCAGCGCCGACGUGCCGUUAGAGAUGCUCGAUUACAUCCUCUCUCUCCGUGAGGGUAUCAUGGAUGCCUGGGGUGGUAUUCUUAUCGCCUAUAAGGGCAAGCCCCAGAUCACACAACUCUCGCCGUUCAUCGAGUCCAUCUUCCAGCUCCUGCAUCUCAUUUCUCAAGAUCCUAACCGGAGUGAGGGCCUGAUGAGAGCAUCAAUGGGUGUUCUUGGUGAUCUUGCCGAUGCCUUCCCCAACGGUGAAUUUGCCGCUUUCUUCCGCAACGACUGGGUGACCUCGCUUGUCCGGGAGACGAGACAAAACCGUGACUAUAGCCCUCGUACCAUCGACACAGCCCGGUGGACCCGCGAGCAAGUGAAACGCCAGAUCAAUUUGGCCACUGCCGCUGCAAUGGCUUAA